AACUCAGGAACAAUAAAGCAAACAUGCAUUUCAAAAUAACACAGACCGUAUAAUGAUGCGGUUAUAAGUUCGUAUUUGACCCCAAAUUAUUUUAUUGGUUGAGACUCAAUGUGUUGCGCUAUGGUGUUUUUGAGUUUGCUAGCUUUAUCAAUGAUUUCAAUACAGGGACAGAAAUACGAUUGUCCCAAAUGGACAUAUGGACAACAAUGCGAGAGCUGUCAUUGUAAUCAAACGACCAGCGCCUCCUGUCAUGUAAAAUAUGGUUAUUGCACUUGUAAAAAUGGUUACUCUGGCGAAUUUUGCAAUUGCAAAACUGGAGUUCACACCUGUAACCUUGAGACGUCAUACUGCCAUACCAGUGAAAGAGGAGAGGCAGUGUGUCUUUGCAAACCUCAUUUGUCGACAACAAACAAGGAGGAAUGUUUCAAUGAAUACGUUCGAUUGACCAAUCAAACGCUAGAGAAUGAGGGCGUUGUAGAAAUAUAUCGCGAUGGAGUUUGGGGAGGGAUUUGUAAAAAGAGGCUCACAGCACAAGAAGCUCAGGUCGUUUGUCGCCACUUUGGUUUACCCGUUAAGUAUGCACGUAUUAGUGAAAAAAUACGCGUUAAGCCCACCUCCUACUUCUUCUGGCCUAACAUCAAAUGUAAUGGUGAAGAGAACAGCCUCUUGGAUUGCCAAAGACGGUAUCGCAGGAAACGAUACUGCCCAGGAGAAAGCGCUGCUUUAGUAACGUGUCCCUCUAAUCCACCGAUACGAUUGGUGUCUAACCAGACCUCACUGACAGGAAUCAGCGGUAUACCACAGCUGUAUUACUUUGACGCCUGGCACAAUAUUUGUGACACGGGCUUUGAUGAGAAAGAUGGUGAAGUAGCAUGUCGAGAGCUUGGUUUACAAACGAAAUCCAUUACAGUAUACCAGGGAUUAGUAGCUAGGGAUGCGCUGUUUUGGGACUUUAAAUGCACAGGGAACGAACAAAGGCUGCUGGAUUGUCGUGUAUCUAUUUCCAAUGUCAAAUGUUCCAUUGUAACGCUCAUCUGUAACACAGUAUGUCCAUACAUGAGGUACGGUGAAGACUGCAAGUUACUUUGCACUUGCAACAAAAAGAAUACAUUAUCAUGUGAUCCAGAAACGGGAGAGUGUAUUUGCAAGCCAGGGUUCACUGGAUAUUCCUGCAACUGUGUUGUUGGGUCGCAUACAUGCAACACAGAGACUUCUGACUGUUACAGGGAGAAUAACCAAACACUCUGCAUCUGUAAGAAAGGGUUCACCAACUACAGACACGGCUGCGUAGACAAUGUUCGACUCGAUGAUGAAGGGGUUGUAGAGAUCUUUGGAGGGACCGGGUGGAAGGGAGUCUGCAGUAACAGUAGAUCAAGCAAACAGAACGCCAAAGUUAUUUGUCGGCAGCUUAAUCUAUCAACGCGACCUGUAUAUUCAAAUCAGAAACCAGCUUAUGGCAAAGAGAAUUUACAAAUAUCGAUUAGCUGUGCUGGAGAUGAGGAAACUCUAACAGACUGCGACUUUUCCUACAACCCAUAUUGUCCCAAUUACCAACAGAUUGAAUGUGGGAAAUGUCCAGUAUGGAAGUACUCAGAUGAUUGUAUGAAAGACUGUGAGUGUAACAAGAAAACAAGCAUAGGAUGUGACGUCAUAACCGGAGCUUGUGUAUGCCAUGACGGUUAUGGAGGAACUGACUGUAGUUGGCAAACAUCAGUGAUUCCCCAAUGUAAAGAACCUUCCAAAAUAAAUUAUGACAGGUGUGUGUGCAAGCAGGGGUCAUUCAACAAAUCAACGAACUGUUCAGAUUUGACUGAUGUGAUUUAUUCCUGCCCCUUUGAAGGCUAUUACUGGAAAGAAGAGUGCAACAUUGAACUUACAAACCCGAUAUUUAUUGACCGAUACAAAUACUACAGUGCCUAUCUAGAUUGGAGACCACACGAAGGAUCAGACAAUCCUACAUAUGUGUUUGUAGAUACUCGACAAAUUGACAUACCAGCAGAGGACUACUACACCAUAAUUCACAUUCAAUUAAAAGAACAACGAAAUCACUUUUGUGUAUAUUUUGACUACGUGCUUGAUGGAAUCGGCUCAGUUGAAGUAUAUGUGAACAAUAUAAUGAAUUUUGAAUCAGCAUUAACGAGUAUAUUUGGAAAUUAUCCUAACUGGACUACCAGACGUGUAGCUGUACAUGAAAGCAAUCCAGUUAAAGAGAUACGAUUUAGAAUGGGUGAGAGAACCGCCAUUGAUAACAUAUUCCUCACAGAGUCUGCAUGUGAUUGUGCAAACUGGACAUUUGGCCCGAGUUGUGUCGACUGUGCUUGUGUGCGAGUACACACUGAGUUCUGUGAUAAAGCCAACGGACAAUGUCACUGUAAACAAGGCUACACUGGAGAAGCGUGUCAGUGUGAAGACAACGGGGAACCCUGUCCUAAGCAAUUAAUCAGAAUUGUAAACGGAAAGUCGAAGUCAAGUGGGAGAGUGGAAGUGGUUAUUGAUGGCAUUUGGUCAACUGUUUGUGAUGAUUCCUGGAAUGACAAUUGUGCAACUGUGGUCUGCAGACAGUUAGGAAAAGCCAGUUAUGGUAUAGCUGUACAUGAAUCUGAGUUUGGACUAGGCGUUGGGCCAACCUUUCUAAUGAAUAUGUGGUGUAGAGGAAAUGAGACAGACCUCCUCAACUGCAAGUUUGCUAAAGCUGAUGAUUGUAAACCUGAGAACACUGCAGGGGUAAUAUGCGUGGAUUCUUAUAACAACAUCCGAUUGGUGAACGGCAGUGAUAAAUCAAAUGGUCGAUUGGAGGUUCUUCUUUAUGGAAACCCGUCUUGGGGGACAGUAUGCAGCGAUGGGUUUACGGAAGAAAACGCCAGGGUUGCAUGUAGGCAGCUAAGCCUACCUACGAGACACGUACAAUUCAAGACCGAUGCUUAUUAUGGAGAGGGUUCCGGGGAUAUUCUGAUUACGAAUCUUGAUUGCGCUGGAUUUGAAGUAACAAUUCAAUCUUGCUAUGGAUUCCCGAACUCAGAGUACCCUUAUAAUUGCUUUCAUGAUCAAGAUGUGGGCAUUUCCUGUUCUGAUGAUUGUCCUUCUUUCAAAUAUGGUGCAGAGUGUGAGAAUACAUGUAAAUGUGACCAAAGUAAAUCUAUAUCAUGUGACAAAGAUUCCGGGAAAUGUAUUUGUGAGUAUGGAUGGAAAGGAACUCGAUGCAAUUGUGAAGAAAGCACGGAGUGCAAGGAGACAAUAGAUGAAGGAUAAAAUGAUUGACAAAUGAAUGAAUGAAUGAAUGAAAAGCAUUUUAAAAUCAGAGCUUUGAAAUAAAUUUAAAUUUUAUUUGACAGAUGUGUGAAUAUAAUAUUCUGUACUGAACUAUUAAAUAUGUUUCUUUAAAAACACUUCUCAACUGGCUAUAUUUUUGCGAGUAUGUCGUUUUUCUUUAUUGUAUUGUUAAAUAUCCUGGCUGUGCAAGAGCAAAAAUAUGUCAAAUAUUUCAGUAAAAUUAAAGAUUUUUAAAAUGUUUAAUAAAUUUGACUUUUUGCUAACCUCAAACAGUUCUUUAAAAAGUCUUAAAUUUUCUAAUUUCUUUUUUAGACCUGUUUUCGUCUCACUUUAUAAUUGACAUCCUAAAAACUUGUUUCCUACUUCAAUUUUUUUUU